UUUUUUGGUCAUGGAAUUGACCAAAAUGUCGGACAUGACAAAGCUCCACCAAGCUGUGGCUGCAGGAGACUACAAUUUAGUGAGAAAGAUUUUGAAAAAAGGUCUCUGUGACCCAAACUACAAGGAUGUGGACUGGAAUGACCGAACCCCACUUCACUGGGCUGCAAUCAAAGGGCACAUGGAGGUGAUGCAGCUCCUUCUAGAAUAUGGAGCCAGGCCCUGCCUGGUAACUGAUGUGGGCUGGACCCCAGCUCAUUUUGCAGCCGAGUCAGGCCAUGUGAAUGUUCUCAAAGUUCUCCAUGCAUUGCACGCCGCCAUCGACGCCCCUGACUUCUUUGGAGACACGCCAAAGAGGAUCGCACAGAUCUACGGGCAGACCGCCUGUGUGGCGUUCCUGGAGAAGGCUGAGCCCGAGUGCCGGGACCACCGGCGCACUGCCAGGCAGAAGGGGCUGCCUCUGGACCAGCAGGACGAAGACUGGGAUGCCAAGAAGAGGGAGCUGGAGCUGUCUCUCCCUUCCUCAAAUCAAAACACUAAUAAGAAAAAGAAUAAGACAAUCCGAGGCCCCACCAGUCCGGGCCAUCCGAAGGAGAGAAGAGCAUGA